AUGCCAUCUGCAUUGCAAGUUGCUUGUCGUGUUGAUAAUGAUCGUCCGCAUCGUCGGUGGCAUCCCUUGUUCUUUCUCGAUUGGUGGAAUGGCAGCAGCUCUGUUUCUGAAGCACCAACAACAACACCCAAUGAGACCAAUUGCCUUGAUCAGGAAGACGACGACUUGCUUAGAAUAUGUGAACGUGUGGAACGGAACGAACGCGCACUUUUACUACUUGAGAAAAGUUUACGUGGAGAACGCGUUGACGACACAUUAUUGACAUCACCCUUCUCACCACGUUCACCACAACCAACAUCCCAUACCCAACAAGAACAAACAGCAUCAUCACCUCCACCACCACCACAACCACCACAACCAACACGACCUAAAACAACAUGUGAUGUGGGAGUACAAACGCAUCAAGAUCCACGUAUUUUAUUCUAUCAGCAACAAUUGGAAGCCAAGAUGGAUCAAUUUAAUGAACAAGAGCAAAUGAUUACACGAUUGCAGGAUCAUUUAGAGAUUGUCAAGGAACAACUCGAUGAAGCGAGAGCGAGAGCAGCAGCAGCAACACCGAUGGAUCACCAUCACCAUCCUUAUUCAUCAUCCACCAGAUAA